AUGAGCUUCGGUGGCAUGUUCGAUGGCGCCGGCUCCGGCGUCUUCUCCUACGACUCUACCGGCGGCGGCACGGGCAUGCACAACCCCAGCCGCCUCAUCCCCGCCCCGCCACUGCCGAAACCCGGCGGAUUCGGCGCCACCGGCCUCUCCCUCGGCCUGCAAACGAACAUGGAAGGGGGGCAGCUGGGCGACUUGAGUCGUAUGGGCUUGAUUGGCAGCGGCGGGAGCAGGAGCGGAGGCGACGGCGACUCGCUGGGCCGCGCCCGGGAGGACGAGAACGACAGCCGGUCAGGCAGCGACAACGUCGACGGCGCCUCCGGUGACGAGCUCGACCCGGACAACAGUAACCCGCGCAAGAAGAAGAAGCGAUACCACCGCCACACACCGCAGCAAAUCCAAGAACUCGAAGCUGUGUUCAAGGAGUGCCCCCACCCCGACGAGAAGCAAAGGAUGGAGCUCAGCAAGCGGCUCAACCUAGAGAGCCGCCAGGUCAAGUUCUGGUUCCAGAACCGCCGCACGCAGAUGAAGACGCAGAUCGAGCGGCACGAGAACGCGCUGCUGAGGCAGGAGAACGACAAGCUGCGGGCGGAGAACAUGACGAUCCGGGAGGCGAUGCGCAACCCCAUCUGCGCCAACUGCGGCGGCGCGGCCGUGCUCGGGGAGGUGUCGUUGGAGGAGCAGCACCUCCGCAUAGAGAACGCGCGGCUCAAGGACGAGCUGGACCGCGUCUGCGCCCUCGCCGGCAAGUUCCUCGGCCGCCCAAUCUCCUCUGGCAGCUCCAUGUCGGCCCUGCAAGGGUGCUCCGGCCUCGAGCUCGGCGUCGGCACCAACGGCGGGUUCGGGCUCGGCCCCCUCGGCGCGUCCGCGCUGCAGCCCCUCCCCGACCUAAUGGGCGCCGGCGGCCUGCCGGGCCCCGUGGGUUCGGCGGCGGCCAUGCGCCUGCCCGUGGGUAUCGGCGCCCUCGACGGCGCGAUGCACGGCGCGGCCGACGGCAUCGACCGCACCGUCCUCCUCGAGCUGGGGCUCGCCGCAAUGGAGGAGCUCAUGAAAGUGGCUCAGAUGGACGAGCCGCUCUGGCUCCGCAGCCCCGACGACGGCGGCGGCGGCCUGGAGACGCUCAACUUCGACGAGUACCACCGGGCGUUCGCCAGGGUGUUCGGGCCGAGCCCCGCCGGCUACGUCUCCGAGGCUACCCGCGAGGCCGGCAUCGCCAUAACCAGCAGCGUGGACCUCGUAGACAGCCUCAUGGACGCGGCUCGGUGGUCGGAGAUGUUCCCGUGCAUCGUGGCGAGGGCGAGCACGACGGACAUCAUCUCGAGCGGCAUGGGCGGCACGCGGAGCGGGUCGAUCCAGCUGAUGCACGCGGAGCUGCAGGUGCUGUCGCCGCUGGUGCCGAUCCGUGAGGUGCUCUUCCUUCGGUUCUGCAAGCAGCACGCCGAGGGGCUGUGGGCCGUGGUCGACGUCUCGGUGGACGCCAUCCUCCGCCCCGACGGCGGCAACCACCACAGCCACCACCACCACGCGCAGAACGGCGGCGGCGCCGCCGGGUACAUGGGCUGCCGCCUGCUCCCCACCGGCUGCAUCGUGCAGGACAUGAACAACGGCUACUCCAAGAUCACGUGGGUUGUUCACGCGGAGUACGACGAGGCGGUGGUGCACCAGCUCUACCGCCCGCUGCUCCAAUCCGGCCAGGCCCUUGGCGCGCGCCGCUGGCUCGCCUCGCUCCAGCGCCAGUGCCAGUACCUCGCCAUCCUCUGCUCCAACUCUCUCCCUGCCCGCGACCACGCCGCGAUCACGCCGGUGGGGCGGAGGAGCAUGCUGAAGCUAGCGCAGCGGAUGACGGACAACUUCUGCGCGGGCGUGUGUGCGUCGGCGGCGCAGAAGUGGCGGCGCCUGGACGAGUGGCGCGGCGGCGGUGAGGGAGGAGGAAGCGCCGGGAACGGCGGCGGCGCCGCGGGCGAGGGGGAGGAGAAGGUGCGCAUGAUGGCGCGGCAGAGCGUGGGGGCGCCCGGGGAGCCCCCUGGCGUGGUGCUGAGCGCCACCACGUCGGUGCGGCUGCCCGCCACGUCCCCGCAGCGCGUGUUCGACUACCUCCGCGACGAGCAGCGCCGCGGCGAGUGGGACAUCCUGGCCAACGGCGAGGCCAUGCAGGAGAUGGACCACAUCGCCAAGGGCCAGCACCACGGCAACGCUGUCUCCCUCCUCCGUCCAAAUGCAACAAGUGGCAACCAAAACAACAUGCUCAUCUUACAAGAGACCUGCACCGACCCAUCCGGUUCUCUGGUGGUGUACGCCCCGGUGGACGUGCAGUCCAUGCACGUCGUCAUGAACGGUGGCGACUCCGCAUACGUCUCUCUCCUCCCCUCCGGGUUCGCCAUCCUACCGGACGGCCAUUGCCAGUCGUCAAACCCUGCCCAGCAGGGUUCACCAAACUGCAGCGGCGGCGGCUGCGGCAGCGGCACCGGGUCUCUGGUCACGGUGGCAUUCCAGAUCCUGGUGAACAACCUGCCCACUGCCAAGCUCACCGUGGAGUCGGUGGAGACCGUCAGCAACCUGCUCUCCUGCACCAUCCAGAAGAUCAAGUCUGCGCUCCAGGCCAGCACUGUCACGGCCUAG